AACAAGCAGCCAGUGGUCGCCAGUGCACGACAGCUCGGAGGCUACGAAACUCUCUCUCUGUCGUACGGGUGCCGGUCGCCUAUCUUAACCCCGACACAUAUUAUCCUUGGUCGUCGUUGCGUCGCGUGGACCAGGUUGUUCCAAUUUAGUGUCCGAUCUUCGUCGUCGAGGAAGUAGACUUCGUGCCGAGUCGAGGAAGCCGCGGGUUGCACGAGGCUCGCGCGAUCGCCUUGUUUCGAAGCCAGUGUCAGGGAGGAACGCUACACGCGCCAUCCGGCCAGCAUGUCGACCCAAAUGCAGGGCGCCCUCCUCGACGUGCUCAAGAAGAAGAUGAGACAGUCCAAGGAGGAGUUGGAGAAGGUCAAGGACGAGUGCGAGGAGUAUCAGAAGCGGCUGCAGGUGGAAGCGAUGCGCCGCGAGGAAGCUGAAUCGGAAGUUGCUGCCUUGAACCGCCGUAUCCAACUGUUGGAGGAGGACCUCGAGAGAUCCGAGGAACGUCUCGCCACUGCCACUGCUAAAUUGGCAGAGGCGUCCCAGGCCGCAGAUGAGAGCGAACGGAUACGCAAGGCACUCGAAAACCGUACCAAUAUGGAGGACGACCGGGUAUCCUUGCUGGAGCAGCAGCUAGCACAGGCUAAACUGAUCGCCGAGGAGGCGGAUAAAAAAUACGAGGAGGUCGCCAGAAAACUAGUCAUGAUGGAACAGGAUCUCGAGCGAGCCGAGGAGAAGGCGGAACUGUCGGAAGGGAAGAUCGUCGAGCUGGAGGAGGAACUGCGCGUGGUUGGCAACAACCUGAAAUCCCUCGAGGUCUCCGAGGAGAAGGCGACGCAAAGAGAGGAGAUUUACGUGGGACAGGUGAAGAUACUGGAUAGUCAAUUGAAGGAGGCUGAAGCUCGUGCUGAGUUCGCGGAAAGAUCCGUGCAGAAACUCCAGAAGGAGGUCGACAGGCUCGAAGACGACCUCACCGUCGAGAGAGAGAAAAACAAAUUGCUCCAGGAGGAGAUGGAAGCCACCCUGCAUGACAUCCAGAACAUGUAGAUCGUGUUUCGCGGGGCGGACAGAAACACGACUAAAAAUAACAGAGAUACAGAAAACACACACACGAAUCAUUGAGAGAGCGAGAGAGAGAGAGAGGAAGAGAGAUAGGGAAUGAACGAGAGCGAGAGAGAGAGAGAGAAAGAAAGAAAGAUCGGGGGGAUAGAGAGCGAGAGAACGAUAGGAUUAACGAAGAAAAGUAAACGGGAAGAGAGGGACGUUCGUAAGAGAGAGAGAGAGGGUGAGAAAGAUAAAUAGAGCUGAACGGAGAUAGCUGGAGGAGAACGACCGCGGAGAAGUAAAAUAAAUGGCACGGCAAUCGCCGUUAGGGAGGAAACGAGAGAGAGGAGCUACGCGGCGCGAGCGCUUCCGUGUGUAUGGUGCACAUCAUCCCCCCAUUAACUUCGACGGACAAAACCACACGCAGUCCCUUUUAGGCUAGACUCGCGCGUCUCCCUCCCCUUUCUUAUUGUAUCAGCAACAAGCCGGUUGCGCAUUUCUUCUUCAUUUGUAUGCUCGUCUGUGUCUGUCUGUUUGCAAGUGUCCUGCUGUGCGUGUCUGUUGCGCGGGUGUGUCUGUUUCUGCGUGCGUGCGUGUGUGUGCUUUUGCGCGAGCGCGUGCGAAAGUGAGGCUGGAACGAGAGACGACGACAACAACGACGACGACGACGACAGGAUCGAGAAACGACGGAUAAAGCCUGGGACAAGAGAUAAACGGAAAGAGAAACAGAGCGCGUUUUCCGUCAAAGGGAUACAAAAAGGCUGCUUCUUCCCUUUGCUUUCGAAUCGUUUUUCCCUUUAUUCUACUGCGUUCGACACACGUCCGGACCGCAGUGGGGUUUUCCUUUUCGCGUAUCGACGUUCCCUCGAUACGCCGAUACGCGAGAUUCGCGAGCGAGCGAGCGAGCGUUGGCAAACGCUGGAAACACGAUCGAUCGAUCGGGAGCGUGUACAAUCGUCGAGGAGGAAUUUCCGAGCGGCUCCGACAGGUAUUUGUUGUCGCAAACCUGUACGCUGGGGAAUGCACAAUUCCGGGAACUUCGUCUUCUUCUGCUUCGACGCGGUUUCAGCCGCGCGUAGCCUGGCCCCGCGACGCUGUUUUCGAAACGUCCGGGGAGCGGAACUCCGAAGGAAGAAUCGUCGAUCGAAGUACCAACGCGCGUUCACUAUAGGCAGACUCGACAGAUUUGCGCAUUGUCUUUGCGCAGUCAUUGUCCGCGGUGUAGCUUGCGUUCGUUUCGUUGUCGGGCCGAGGGUCGUUCUCGCGCGAAUUGCUAUUUUUUCCGGAUCGUUUCGCGAACGCGGGAAACGAAGGAAACAGUUUCUUCGAUUACCGCAGGAUUUCGCGCGGUGAGAACGAAACGAGAACACAGUUGAAACUGUUCUUUAGAAACAACGCCACUCGAAUCCGGCGUUUCAUCGAGCGAUUUCUCACGGUUGCGUUUUCGCAACCCCGAUAAUUACGGGGAAUGAUCAGAAGCAGGUUUAAACUUCUGAACCUAGCACGAGUAAUGUCUCCCUUAUUGACGCU